AUGGCAGAGAAGCACGAAUUUGAUGUGAGAAUACUCACACGCGGUUCGCGGAGUCCCGAUCUGGAACGACCCAGCCAAGCGUUGGGCAUCGAUGACUCUCCGCUUCUAUCUCCGUCUCCACCUCCGUAUUCAAUUCAAGAUGAAUAUUUUCCCGUUCUUUCAGGAGAUAACUCGAGCAUCAGCAACUCGGCAUACGGGGUCCGGAACGUACCCGUAAAGUCUUAUCACAUUUCCCCUCCAGACCAGCCCUUUAUAUAUGAAUCAUCAUCUAGCACACCGGCCAUCGCUUCCCUUCUCAUACGUAUUCUCAACCCAAGCCCACAAGUAUCCAGACGAGGAGAAACUGUUGAUGUCGCCAAUCUCAUACUUAGGCCCAAGGAGCCACUUCUCGAAGACCGAAUCAUAUCUCGACGAAAUCGAGGCGAUUUCAAAUCUGAAUUCUGGGAGGCUCCAAAAGAGAUCAUCAAGCUUGCAGAAGCUCAACCAGCCAAAACGAGAAGAAACAGUUCCCGUACGUUCCCGGCUGAUAUUUCUACUCAGCCGCAUCUCGACGAAAUCUAUGAUGAGCCAUAUGUAUAUCAUGCAAGCUCUGUUGGCUCGCCCGCAGUACGGUGCCAAUUUUCGAAAUCGACACGGGAUUUGAGUCGGGAACUAGAACAUGCUGAGAUACAAUUAAAGGCCCUGCAGUCUGAAAUUGGGGGAGUCGAGCGCCAGUACAGCCUAUUGUCUCCACUUCUACUAAGAACCGACAAAGGGGAUUCCAACACUGAGGUCUGGGUUCGGGGGAAGAGGGAAGAAGCUACAUAUCAGAUAUUAAAAAAACUGGAAGGCCAACAGCUAAUUAUGUUCAGAGAGCUGGAAAUAGUAGAGCGUCGACAAAAGUCUAUCUAUGAAGAAUUGAAGAAGCGCAGAGAGGCGAGGGAGCCUCUGGAGGAGCCUCUAAAGAUCAUGGCGAGACAAAUGAAUGAGAGGAAUGUAGGAAGAAGAUGGCUACGGGGAGAGAUACCAUGGGUAGAUGCUCUGGACAUGGGGAGGGGUGAGCCGCAUACGACGAAUUCUACGGAUAUGAUGCGAGAUGAGCCGUACUAG